AAUGAAUUGUGGGUAAUUCCCCUGGACAAAGUCUGCAUCCAAUGCGGAAAGGACCAAGAAGGCUGCAUGAGAGCCUCAAACCCUCACGGAGUCCCCAAGGGAACUUUGCGACCCAGUUUCUAGUCUAGAAACACACACGACACGUAGAACGGACGGUUUAACGCGACAUCGACGUGGGACCAACUUAUUGUAACUUUAGUUAUUCUACGUCUCUGAGGUCGGCCUGCGGUUCCGCCUCGGCCCUGCAGGGGGCAGCACGGCCACAGACCGCCGGCCGCAACCGAAGGAAGCAAAUCGAAACUCCUCAAUGAGUUCACCUUCGGAUAAAUAGUUUGUCCGUUCUUCGCGGAAGACGUUCUUGGCAAAAUGAACGGCUCGGCGCACCCUUCGCCCGGCACGGUGGACAUAAAGCUGAAGCGCGGCUCUGCGGGUUUGGGGUUUAACAUCGUGGGGGGCGUGGACCAGCAGUACGUCGUGAACGACAACGGCAUCUACGUCAGCAAACUGAAGGAGGACGGAGCGGCGGCGCUGGACGGGAGACUCCAAGAGGGGGACAAGAUCCUCGCGAUCAAUGGAGUGGCGCUUGAGAAUCUGACGCACCGAGCCACGGUGGAUCUCUUCAGGACCGCCGGGGAGCACGUGGAGCUCCGAGUUCUGAAAAAGUUUCCUAAUCACGUCAAUGGACCGACGGGCUCACGACCCGAGCCCAAUCCUCCCGUGUCUUCUCUGGAAGUACUGGUCGCUUUAGGCGCAGUGGUAGCUGUCUGUGCCGUUCUCUUCAUGCGGCUCCGUAAGAAGCACUUUUAACAAAGCCAACGUCUGUUUUAGGAUCAAAAACUUUGCUGAAGGCCAAAGAAAAGAAAAGGGGGGGAUCAAACAAUCAACGCUGUUAUUUUCUUUUUUUAAUUUGUAGGGGAACGUGUCGCUGAUGAGUUUCCCAUGUUCAUGUGUAUGUCGUGAUUUAACGGUAGCUCCUCGACACCCUUCCUCUGCAAAAGGAAUCUCUUACCACAACGGCUCCCUUUUCAUCGUUAACCCUGUGACCGUGCGGAGGAUGAGGAGGGUUCUAUAUCUAUUCCUGCUGCCCAGGCAGAAAGCAAACGGUGGCCCCGGACACAGAAUACAAUGAAUCCCCUUUGGUCAAGUGGGACUUGUUCCAACUCCGGGGUCCGUUUGCGAGCUGAAAGGCCGCGCUGUGUUCAGUCCUUCGCAGGCCUCUGUGCACCUCUGGCUCAGAGUGGCACAUCUGUCCGAGCGUCAACAUGACAGAAACCUGCUGCACGUUCAGUCCGUCAGUGUUUUUGAGAAGAAGAAAAAGUAUGAGGCGACAGUUUGUUUUUUUUCGUUUUGCAACCUCUUGCAGUGGUGAGAGGAGCGGCAAACCUGCUGUGCUGAAAGAGGCCGGUAGUUCACGUGAUGCACUGUCUUGGAAAUGACCUGAGUGCCUUUUUUUUCUGUCUAUUAAAAGCAGUGUUUGGUCGUGAGGAUCAAAAUGAAAAUCAACCCAAUACGUCCAUUAACGCAUUCAAUUAAAGGAUGUUGCUGGCAAUAAUCUUUCUCUCUUAUUGUCAACAAAUGCCAUUAAAAAUGCCAAAACCAACAGUUAGUUCCUCUGUUUAUUAAAACUUUACCCACCGUAAUGCACACAUGAAGAAAAAAUACACUAAACACAAUAUUUAGUUUUACUUUAUAAAAUGUCUCCUGAAACCGUUGGGCACUGUAACUAAUUAUAAGUUGCUUAAACACCAGUAAAUUGUGCAUUAUUGUGGGGAGAGACUAUUUACAGCUGUGGAUAAUACAUACUUUGUGCUGUAAUCAGUACUCUGGGCAGCAGGAGGGUGAGUGAGGGCGAGUGUGACUGAGUCCAAAUAAACGUCAGUGUUAGAAACAUGUCAAUCAGUGUAACAGUGCUGCUCAGUGAUGCAUUUUUUUAUCUCUUUUUGGAAAGCAGUGGAACUCCGUUGCACAAAUAUAUGUCGGACAAUACUAAUGAAUUUGUUGGUAUGGAUCUUUAAAUGGGAUUCUCUUAAAGUAAGAAAAACACUAUCAGACCUCUUGAAAAAAGCCAAAUAUGCUUUUAAGUAUCACCAAGUCUUUUCUUUUUUUAAGGGUUUAUUUUAAGUCAUGUGGUCGCUGGGGAGGAGUAACUCGUUUCAAUCAUUCCUUGGAUAAAUUACAUGUGGUGAGCAGCUCGUUGACUCUGAGAGAUGCGGCAAUAUUUUUGUUGUAUGUCACAGCCAUUUCAGAUAUUGUUCUAAUGUUUCAUGAGGCCAGUACUAAUAGUCCCAUUGCACCUUCUGCCGAUGAAUUGAUUUGUGUUAUGAUUCAGUUAAUUUGUGUGAAGAAUCAACAGCUUUAUACAGAAAAUCUAUUUGAGCAAGCUCAAUGUUAUGAAACGUUGUUUUUCUUUAGACAAAUGAGUUGUUGUUGACAAUGUUUUUGUUUUUUGCACUAGCCACAACCAUGGAACUCCUAACUUCCAUAGAACGGAUGAAUAAGUGUGUGUGUGUGUGUUCACAUUUGUCAGUCUGCAGUGCUUCUAUCAUGCAGUCGUCUCCGUGUGGGACCGUAUGUGGCUCUGUAAAUACAGUUCAUGUUGCUGAAUGGGACUGAAUAUGUGCAGGGUGCCAGAGAAUGCAGAUCAGAGGCACUAAUAAAUGAUGUAAAAUAUUGUGGGUUUUACAUCCAAGCACCUACUGUAUUAAAAAUGCAUUUUGAUCUAC